AUGAAGCCCCUCGCAGCCCUCCCCCUCCUCGCAACAACAGCCCUCGCAAUCCCACACUUUUCCUACCCCCUCCCAACAACAAAAUACCUCAUCUCCUUUGGCGACAGCUACACAUCCACAAGCUUUAAUAUAACCAGCACAAAGCCCUCGUCGUCGAACCCACUGGGAAACCCGCCCUGGCCCGGCUGGACCUCGGCCGGCGGCGCAAACUGGAUCUCGAAUCUCGUCGCAAAGUAUAAUGACAGUCUCCUGUUGAGCUAUAACCUCGCCUACGGCGGCGCAACGGUUAAUGCAAGUCUUGUUGCGCCGUAUACGCCCGAGGUGUACUCGUUGAUUGAUCAGGUCGCCGAGUUUAAUGAGUACUUGGUCCCGCCGCCGGCGUAUGCGAAGUGGAAAAAAAAGAAUACGCUCGUCGCGGUUUGGAUGGGCGUAAACGAUGUCGGCGGCUCGUGGUGGCAGACGGACCCCGAUGCGCUACAGGUCGAGAUCCUCGACCAGCUGUUCGAGCAGAUUGAGCUCGUCUACGCGGGUGGAGCGAGGAAUUUUGCUCUCCUCACCGUUCCCCCAACCGAACGAACCCCGCAAGUAGCCCAAGGCGAGAACGCCGAGUAUGCAAUCGAGCAUCUCUCCGCCGCAAUCGCAACCUGGAACACAGGUCUAACCUCGCGAGCGAGCACCUUUGCCGCUGCGCACGCCGACGCCGUCGUCAAAAUCACAGACAUGCAGCCUGUGUUCAAUGACCUCCUCGAUGCGGAUCCCGAGGCCGCGAGCUGCUGGAAUGAGGACGGGGUCACUUGUCUUUGGUUCAAUGACUAUCAUCCCGGGCUCGCGAUUCAGGAUGCGGUUGCGAGGGCUGUUGCGGCGGAUUGGGAGGGGUUUUUUGUUGUUUCUUAG